CUGACGCUCCUCUUUGGACUUUGAAGGUUCGAGCUCCAACAGUACCAGGUCAUAUACAAUUCAGGCCAUAUUUAAGCUUCAGAGAUGACUUGUAUAGACUAUCGCUACUUGCAAACUUUCAAGGAUGUGGAGCACAGUACUGUUUUAUAUCGGGGUCAUCCUCAUUGCCCUUCGACUUUUUAAGAAGUUGCGUAUACCUCCGCGUUCGAAACUACCUCCUGGACCUACGGGGCUUCCAGUCAUCGGAAACCUUUUUCAGCUUCCUACAAGUAGGCCAUGGUUAGUUUUUGAUGAGUGGAUGAAGCAAUAUGGGCCUAUCGUUUAUCUCAAUAUCGCAGGUCAGAACACAAUCGUGCUCGGAACACAUAAAACAGCAGCAGACCUUCUAGAUCGACGAGCCAACAUUUACUCAGAUCGGCCUGACUUCGUUGUUCUCAAUCUGCUGACUGGUGGUAUGCAUUGGGCCUGGACCCAAGCAGAUGAGUUGUGGAGGAAAAAACGGCGAGGAGCACAUGAAGCAAUGAAUGCUCAGACAGCUAAGGAGUAUUUCCCAUACCAAGAGACCGAGUCUGUCAUUAUGCUCGAUCAAUUGUUGGCCGACCCGGAAAAUUUCACUGACCAUUUUCAACGUGCCUCGACAUCUCUUACACUUACUAUAGUUUAUGGCUGGCCGCCCCUCAUAGACUCCGCCCACCCAAAUGUUUUGCACAUCAAUCGGAUGAACCAACAGCUCCUUAUAGCGGCAGCUCCUGGCUCUUUCUGGGUUGAAUUCAAGCAUUUCAAAUGGAUGAGAUAUCUCCCGAAAUGGAUGUGCGCAUGGAGGCGGGAUGCAGAAAAUGCGUUUAACCAUGAUUCGGUUAUGUUUGAGGAGUUGUCUGCAGAUGUGCAAAAGCGGAUGGAUGCAGGUGACGAUGUAACCUGCGUAGCUGCAAAGAUUCUUCAAGAAACUGAAAACUUAUUUGAGGCAUCCUGGAACUCUGUUUCCAUCUACUCCGCUGGAGCUGAAACUACAUCCGGUCAACUUGCUUGGUUCAUGCAAGCAAUGAUCUUGUAUCCAGAGGCACAGCUGCUCGCACAAGAUGAACUUGAUCGGGUUGUUGGACCGGAUCGGCUUCCGACUUUUGAUGACUAUGAGCACCUGCCGUUCAUACGAGCUACAGUUAAAGAAAUUUUACGCUGGAGAGGGGUAUCCCCACUAGGGCUCCCUCAUCGACUUAGUGAAGAUGACUAUUAUGAAGGUUAUUUUCUACCUAAGGACACAACUUGUUUCGUGAACAUCUGGUCCUUACAUCAUGACACCGAAGUUUAUGGUGCUGACGCCGAACAUUUCAAUCCCAAGAGAUUCCUGGAUGCAAACGGAAACCUUCAAUCUUCAAUUGUAGACACUAAGGAUGAGGGACAUUAUAGUUAUGGCUUUGGAAAAAGAAUCUGUGUUGGUCGGUAUAUAGCAAACAACAGCUUGUUUAUCCACAUUGCUUUUCUGCUUUGGGCGUUCAACAUUACGGCUAAAGUAGAUGCAGAUGGAAAUCCUAUCCUUCCUGAUUCCCUUCAGUUCAACGAAGGUCUUAUUGUUCGUCCGGCACCAUUCUCUUGUGAUAUUAUUCCGCGUAAAAUGGAUGUUUCGGAGAUUAUAGCACAGGCUAAAGCAGACAGAGGACUUUGAUGAAUCCCCUAGCCACUUAGUUGUAUAUGUAUGAUCUCAUGUUUGGCCUAUGUCUCUCUCCCCAAUCAAAACCAAUUUAAUCCUCAACCCCUCCUCCUCUCCUCCUCCUAACCUUCCCUGCCUCUCUAUACCGUUUCUUCCACCCCCUUGUCAGCUCAACCUUGUUUUCCUCCCACCGUUUCUGAAUCUCUUCUGGAGUCUGGUGGUGGUAGAAUGGAGACGAGGACGCGUUUGCAGCGGACA